AUGUCUAUCAAAUCAUGGACAAGUAGUCAAGUUGUAUUAUUAGGUGAUGCUGCUCAUGCUAUGAGUCCUAUAUUAGGAUUAGGAGCAAAUAAUGCUAUUCAAGAUGUUGAUAAACUUUCUCAAGCAUUACUUAAAUGUACGGACUGUAAUAUUUCUUUUAUUGAAGAAUAUGAAAAAGAAAUGUUAAAGCGAACAUCUGCUGACAUAUUAAAAUCUAGAACUGCCACAUUUAAGACUUCUAUUCCACUUGGACCUUUUGGCAUUAUAAUUAGAGACAGCAUUUUGAAGGAAGAAAAUCAUUUUGAUUUGACUUAUUUAAAUAUCGAACCACGUUAUACUUUAGAUCAAUGGACUUUUGUUAUUGGUGAAUUAAUAAAAGUAAAGCAACCAGAUGGAUACGUAGAAGUGCAGCAGAUUACAUUUGAAUCUCUUGAAGGAACAGCUGGUUCAAAAUUUUUGAAUUCUCGCCAUGUUAAAAGUUGGCAUGUUAAGACUGUUAAGUGUAGGGCACCAUCACUUUUAUCUACGAAUCUUUGUUAUUUCAAUUUGAUCAUAAAUAAUAUUAGUAUGGAUGAAUUGAAACAACUAGUUUAG